UUUAUGACAAAUGAAACAAUAUUACGAGUGGCUAUAAAAAUUCUUAGUUAUUACCACUAUAGCAGCUUUCGUAGGUUGAAAGAAGAGAAAUGGGUAAUCUUUUGGGAUGUAUCGAAGAAGUUCCAGAUUUACAAAGGUUGGAGUAUGAUAUGACUCCUUUGAAUUCAAGUCCUGUUCCUAUUAUAUGGUUGGUGGGUCCGAACGGAAGCGGUAGGUCAAUACAAGCAAGCAUUUUGUCAGAGCGAGUAGGUUUUCAAGUGAUAGAUUUAAGGGAAUUGAUUAAGUCAGAGAGUAAAAAAGAGACCGAUCGAGGAAAAUUAAUUAAGGAUUUCGAAAAAUCGGCCAGAAAAAUUCCCGACGUAAGUAUACGCUAUAGUUUAAUGAAAUAAACAGGAAUAAAUCAA